UCUGUCAAAAUAAAUUUUGUUUUCGGCUGUAUCGUGAAACAGCAAAUUCCCCGACAAGCGUUCAGUAGUAGAAUUUGUUUCUAAAAUUGCAUUAUUUUCUAGCGUUGAAAUUUUAGCACGGAAAGUUUCAAAAUGACCACGGAUAUUGCCCGUAAUCCGGAAGCCCCCGGUUUCAGUUUCGAAAACUGCCGCAGAAAUGCCCAAUUGGUGAAGCAGGGAUUUGUUCCACCCAAGAUGAUCAAGACCGGAACAACCAUCGUGGGAAUAAUUUACAAGGAUGGUGUGAUUUUGGGUGCUGAUACCAGGGCUACGGAGGGGCCAAUUGUGGCGGAUAAGAAUUGCGAAAAGAUCCAUUACUUGGCCAAGAACAUGUAUUGCUGUGGAGCGGGAACGGCCGCUGAUACGGAAAUGACCACGCAAAUGAUUUCUUCCAACUUGGAACUGCAUCGAUUGAAUACUGGCAGGACGGUUCCCGUUGUCGCGGCCAACACUAUGCUGAAGCAGUUUUUAUUCCGCUAUCAAGGGUAUGUUAGCGCUGCGCUAGUUUUGGGAGGCGUAGACAGUACCGGAUCCUACAUCUAUUGCAUCUAUCCGCACGGAUCUACAGAUAAGCUGCCGUACGCUACGAUGGGCUCCGGUAGUUUGGCCGCCAUGUCGGUGUUCGAAUCGCGCUGGAAACCCGAUAUGGAAGAGGAGGAAGGCAAGAAGCUAGUCCGCGAUGCGAUUGCGGCCGGUGUAUUCAACGAUUUGGGUUCCGGGUCGAACAUUGACCUGUGCGUGAUCAAGAAGGACGGAGCGCAGUAUCUGCGAACAUUCGAGGAAGCGAACAAGAAGGGCACUCGUACGUUGAACUAUGACUUCCAGCCCGGAACGACGGGAGUUCUGCAGAGUAAGAGUUUCAAGAUCGAUAUAACCGAGGAGUGUGUGCGUACGCUGAUUCCGGAGGGUGGAGUCGAGAGUAUGGAUACGGCUUAAGAUGUACGUUGGUUAACUUUGUCAGAGAUGGGAAGACUAAGGUCUAAAUAAAUUGGUCUGUCAAUAAAAGAAUAAGUUUUGAAUAAGCUUUUGAAAAAAAAAAC